AUGGGCUUGCUUUUACCGCAGAUCGCGGUGCUUUGUGCAAGCGCUACCGCGCUGCAGGUGAUGCAAAUCGCAGCGCUCGGCGCCGGCGCGACCGCGCUGCAACUGCCGCGCCGCAAUUUCCUCGGCGCCACCGCCGCCACGGUUGCGGCGCCGCGCAUCGCAGCGGCCGCGGAGCUCGAGAUUCCGAGCGCCGUCGCGCCGAGCUGGACCUUGCUCAUACCCAUCGUCGAGCUCGAUGCGGCCGUGGCGCGCUGGACCGUCGACGUCGGCGCGAAAUCGACGUCGUCCGUCGCGUCGGCCCUCGAGCUGCUCAACAAGGGCGGCAUAUUGAGCAGCAAGAACUUCUACCUUGGCGUCGGCACGAAGUACGCCACAUCGUUAGUCUACGACGACUUCGACAAGAAGCUCGUCGAGCAGGACAAGAACGCGCGCGUGAGCGACAUGGUCCUCGCCGCGCGCGCGCUCGACGCGGCGAGGAAGACGUUGGCGUCCGAGUUCCCGUCGUCGGCGGCCAAGGACCUCCGCGCCGCGUCGGACCAGCUCGGCGACUUCCUCGCGCGCGCGCCGCGCAAGGAUGUGGAGAAAGCGCGCAACGCGCUUGCGAGCCUCGUGGCCGCGGACGCGAACGGCGACGGCCAGGUCGACGACGCCGAGUUCUACAAGGCCGGCGCGCUGUCGACCGAGGAGCAGCUCGCCGCGACGUGGGGGGUCUGGGGCACGACCCUCUUCUCCAAGGACCUCCGACCGGCGUCGCCGGACACGGUCCUCCUCACCAUCAAGACGCCGCCGCCGGUGCCCGACUACCUCAAGCGCGCCAUCGCGCGGUCCGAGCUCGCAAUCCUGCUCAGCGCGCUCCUGCAGCAAUCGCAGCCAUUGCAAACGCGGCCGUCGCUGCGCCGCGCCACGCGCUUGCACGCGCGCGAGGACGCCUACGCGAGCUACUGGGACGAGCUGCUGCUGAAGGAGUACCGCGAGGCCGCCGCGGAGCUGCGGUCGCGGCGCCAGACGUGGUCGCGGAAGCGGCUCGAGGACAGCGGCGACUCGGUCUUCGGCGCGGCGACGCCGGAGACGGAGCUCUUCGGCGACAAGAUCGUGCGCGUGACGCGGCGGAGCGGCCGCGACGGCCGGCUGCGCGACCGGUUCCGCCGCGGCGACGUGCUGCUGCUGAGCCCCGAGGACCGCGCGCCGCGCGACCGCCAGUUCCUCCCGCGCGACGUCGUCGUCGUCGACGCGGGCGCCGACUGGCUCGCCGUCGGCGCCGGCGCGCGGUGGCCGAAAGGCGUCUGGGAGUCGCGGCGGCGGCCGGGGUCCUGCGCCGUGCGCCUCGACCGCGCCGCGCCGCGCGCGCCCCUCGAGGCGCAGCGCGACGCCCUCGCGCGCGUCGCCGCGGGCGCGGCGGGCGAGGCCGCCGCGCUCCUCGCGCGGACGUUCGGCGGGUCCGCGGAGGCGCUCGACGCGCCGCCGGCCCGCUUCCGCGACGGCGCGCGGCUCGAGUUCGCCGGCGUCCCCGGCGGCGUGACCGCGCCGUCGCUCGAGAUCGCCGCGCUGAACGCGAUCGGCGGCGCCAAGGACGACGCGGGCGGCUUCGAGCCGAACGCGUCCCAGGAGGACGCGAUCGCCUGGGCGCUCGCGCGCAGCGUGUCGCUGAUCCGCGGGCCGCCGGGCACGGGCAAGACGCGCUGCGCGAGCCUCCUCGUCUCCUCGGCGCUGCGCCUCGGCGACGGCGGCGCGGCGCCGCGCGUCCUGGCGGUGUGCCACUCGAACGGCGCCGCGGACGUUUUGCUCGCGGCGCUCGUCGCCGUGGGCGUCCCCGCGAUCCGCGCGGGCCGGCCGGCGUCCGUCGCGCCGGAGGCGCGGCGCCACACGGUCGUGGCCCUCGCCGAGCGGCACCCCGAGGUGUCCGCGCUCCGGGAACGCGCGCGGAACGCGACGCUCAAGCCGCACGUGCGCUCCGCGGCCGCCGCGGACGCGCGAAAGGUCGUCGACGAGGUCCGCGAGGCGCUCUCGCGCAACGCGCCGGUGGUCGUCGCGUCCUGCGUCGGCCGGCGCGUCGGCGCGCACCAGCUCAUCGAGGCGUCGUCGGGCGAGUUCUCUUUGGUCGUCGUCGACGAGGCCGCGCAGACGACGGAGCCCGCGGUCCUCUGCGCUUUGGCCGCGGCCAAGGCGGACCAGAUCGUCUUCGUCGGCGACACGAAGCAGCUGCCGCCGACGGUCGUCUCCGAGGACGCGGCGCUCCGGCGGGCGCUCGCGACGUCGCCCAUGCAGCGGCUCGAGGCCGCGGGGCUGCCGCUGAAGACGCUCCGGGUCCAGUAUACGGCGUCGAGCGACAGGAGUGCUUUUUCUCGUGAAUUUCGCCUGAAGAUGUGA